UAGUUGCAUGUUAUUACGUAACUUCUGCAUUUGUUCAUUAGCUUACCUGCUUGACUCCAUCUUUACUUUUUGGCUUACUUUUGGGUGAUCCUUGGCACUUGUUUGUAGAUUUUUCCUGGAGUUCAUCUUUAUGGGUUUCUGGAAGUGUUUUUGUAUUUAUAAAGCCUCUUCAUUGGGAGGAAGUGUCUAAAUGGAGUCGUUUCGUUGACUAGCAUCGUCUUCCUCAGUUACUAUUUCUUUUUCUAAAGGAAUUCAAUAAAGUACACCCUGCAGCUUUGAAUUGAUGCCUUUUGAUCAUAUAAAUUUCGUGCUUAUAACUAAAAUUUAGGCCCUGGUUGAUUAUCUUUUAUCAUUGGCUAACUUGCUACAAUUUGAGGACAGUUCAGAAUUCUGAUAUCUCGAUCCCCUGUCUUGAGACUGGGAUCAAGUAUUUGAAAAAUGUAAAUUUGGAGUCUAUUGCGUUAUAAAGUCUGAUUUACAUUUGAUGCUUCGACUCGUUUUCUAGAUUCAUGUUGUUAGCUUAAAACGGUGUAAACUGCCGUUCUAGCUAUGUGGUAAUUCAAUUGCACUCCGCUAUAUGAAUUCAAGAAGGUGUCUUUUUGCAGUUAAGCUCAUCAGUGUUUAGACAAGAUGGAGAAUAAACAUUUGGAUGUUAAUUGAAACCAUAUGGUUUUUACAGUUGAUGCAAAAUAUGAAAAGAUAUUAGUUGGAUCUCGCUUAAGCAGAUUGUUUUUGUUUCUCAGAUGGCCCCAAAAACUGGCAAUAGACCUUCCCUAGAACUGCAACGGAACACUAUUGGCUCUCAGGAAACGGUUGAAGCAAAUGAUUGCAGAUCUUUACCGUCUGAUGUCUCAAAGCAGACCAAAUCCAAGCUGGUUAAUUGCAAACAAUAUGAAGAAUCAGGUAUAUUGACAGGGCUGGUUCUCUUAGAUGCUACUGAGACCAAAAGAUUGCUGACUAAUUCUACACAGUGUACCAAUUCUCCAACUGGUAACUCUGAUUCAAAUAUUUCUUCGACACAUGAUGAACAAGUAUUAACAGAUGUAGAUCCCGAAGUAUAUGAGAUUACAAGUUCUCAGGAAACUUCAGUUUAUUUGGAAAAGAAAACAGCUGAGCAAGGGAGCGUGAAGAAUACUUCAGUUUCUGCAAAGAAUAGUGAUGGACGCUGCAGUCCUGCGAAAAUGAAUAGAAGUGUGAAAAUAAGUGACCGUGCCGAUUUCAUUGAGAGUGGAAAAAAAAGUACGUGUCGAGGAAGCAAGAGUAGUGACGUGAGUGAUGAGAGCACUUGUAGCAGUUUAAAUAGUAGUGUCAACAAACCCCAUAAAGCAAAUGAUUUGAAUUGGGAGGCUAUCCAAGCUGUCCGAAUCCGUGAUGGGGUACUAGGUUUGAGCCAUUUUAGGCUGCUGAAGAGAUUAGGUUGUGGAGAUAUUGGGAGUGUUUACCUGGCCGAGUUGAGUGGAAUGAAAUGUCACUUUGCUAUGAAAGUUAUGGACAAAGUAUCUCUAGCAAGUCGUAAGAAGCUUAUUCGUGCUCAGACGGAAAGAGAGAUACUACAGUCUCUGGACCAUCCAUUUCUUCCAACUCUCUACGCCCACUUUGAGACUGAUAAGUUUUCUUGUUUGGUAAUGGAAUUCUGUCCUGGAGGAGACCUACAUGCACUUAGACAGAGGCAGCCAGGAAAAUAUUUUACCGAACAAGCAGUGAAAUUUUAUGUUGCAGAAGUAUUGCUUGCUCUGGAAUAUCUACACAUGCUUGGGAUUGUAUAUCGUGACCUUAAACCGGAGAAUGUACUUGUGAGGGAUGAUGGACAUGUAAUGCUCUCAGACUUUGAUCUUUCACUUCGUUGUGCUGUCAGUCCAACUUUGGUCAAGACUGCAUCCUUGGAGUCAGAGCCAGUGCGUAAAACUUCUACGUAUUGCGUCCAACCAGCUUGCAUUGAACCUGCCUGCAUUCAGCCAUCGUGUGUUGUUCCGACAACAUGUUUCUCUCCUCGUCUCUUUUCUAGCAAAUCCAAGAAAAAUCGUAAGCCCAAAAAUGAAAUUGUAAACCAAGUUACCCCAUUGCCCGAGCUGAUUGCUGAACCUACCAAUGCUCGGUCAAUGUCAUUUGUGGGAACUCAUGAAUAUCUUGCACCUGAAAUUAUCAAAGGUGAAGGUCACGGAAGUGCAGUGGACUGGUGGACUUUUGGGAUCUUUUUAUAUGAACUUAUGUUUGGCAAAACUCCAUUUAAAGGAUCUAGUAAUCGAGCUACAUUAUUCAAUGUUGUCGGGCAGCCUCUUCGUUUCCCAGAAUCUCCCAUUGUCAGUUUUGCCGCUAGGGAUUUGAUCAGGGGUUUGCUAGUGAAAGAACCACAGCAUAGGUUGGCUCAUAAAAGAGGCGCUGCUGAGAUUAAACAACACCCUUUCUUUGAAGGAGUUAAUUGGGCGUUGAUUCGCUGUGCCACCCCUCCUGAAAUCCCAAAGCCUGUUGAAUUCGAGAGACUAACCAUUCCACCACCCUCAGUGAAUGGAAAAACAGCUCAUCCCGCAAAUGUUCCAGAUCAAAAAAGUGAUAAAUAUCUGGAGUUUGAUUUCUUCUAGUUAAUAGUGGUAUUGUUGAAAUUUGUUCUUAAGUUACGGAGAACAAAUGUUGUGGACAUCCCGGAUGUUAAUGAUCAGGUUCACGAGAUUUCUGUGUAAUGGAGGGUUGAUUUAAAGUUAGAUAUCUGUUGUUGCUGCCUGUCAUAGUAUAUGAAUGCCAAUCAAUCGUUCUUGACCUCCCUCAAGAACUCUAUAAGAGGUUUGUCCUUCGGCAUCUGGGGCUCGAGGGUAUCUGUUUGGUCAACUGCACGGUUCUAGACGCACGCAGCGCAUGGCAGUCUUAUUUUGAGAGGACAUCGGAUGGAUUGCAUUUGACCACAGGAUGAACUUUAACAAUAGAAGUUCAGUUUUUAUAAAAUUUUUCAUGUAUAAUUCUGGAAAUUUUUCUUGAAUGCAAGGCAAUGUAGGACGGAAUUCAGAUAGUUUGCGAUCUUUGAACUGGAAAUUACUAGCCGUGUUACCUAAUCCAUUGUUAUUUUGUUUCUCUUCCAGGUCGCGUACCUGUAAAUAUAAUAAGAAGAACUUGGUUCUGCUUCAUUAAU